AGUGGAUUUUGCUCUGAAGGUCGUGCAGUGGUCGGAAUCGGAGACGGUGCGACUGCAGCUCUGGGACAUCGCAGGGCAGGAGCGCUUCACGUCCAUGACCCGGCUCUACUACCGGGAGGCCUCAGCCUGCGUCGUCAUGUUCGAUGUCACCAACGGGAGCACGUUCAGCAACAGCCAGAAGUGGAAGCAGGACCUGGACAGCAAGCUGGCGCUGCCCGACGGGAGGCCGGUGCCCUGCCUGCUGCUGGCCAAUAAAUGUGACCUUUCCCCGUAGGCAGUGACAAGAGAAGAAGUGGAUCAGUUCAGCAAAGAAAACGGCUUUUAAACAUCCGUCAAGGAAAACAAGAAUAUUAACGAGUCUAUGAGAGUCCUGAUUGAAAAGAUGAUGUCCUCAUCUGCCAGAGAUGGAAGUUCUUCUGCUCCCGGGAGUGGGGAUUACAUUAACUUAAAAGAGUCAUCCUCACCGGGCUGGGCUUGCUGCUAG